CGCGCUCUCAGAGACGCUCAGUUCAAGAUGGCGGACGCAGGAGGAGCGUCAGUGAAGAAGAAGAAGAUGAAGAAAAUCAGCGAAGAAGAAGUUGGGGAAGUUCAGCAGAGCGGCGACUUCCUGAUCCAAUCAGAGUCCAGAGUGGCGGCGCUGGACACGUCUCAUUGGCCGCUGCUGCUGAAGAAUUUCGACAAACUGAACAUCCGAACUGCGCACUACACGCCGCUAGCUAACGGCAGCAACCCGCUAAAGAGGAACAUCAGCGACUACGUCAGGUCGGGUUUUAUUAAUCUGGACAAACCGGCGAACCCGUCGUCUCACGAGGUGGUGGCGUGGAUACGAAGGAUUCUGCGCGUGGAGAAGACGGGACACAGCGGGACGCUCGACCCGAAGGUCACCGGCUGCCUGAUCGUCUGCGUGGAUCGAGCCACGCGAUUGGUCAAGUCUCAGCAGAGCGCCGGGAAGGAGUACGUGGGAAUCGUCCGGCUGCACAACGCCAUCGACAGCGAGCACACGCUAGCUCGGGCGUUGGAGACGCUGACCGGCGCCUUGUUCCAGCGGCCGCCGCUGAUCGCCGCCGUGAAACGUCAACUGAGAGUCCGAACGAUCUACGAGAGCAAACUGAUCGAGUACGACCCGGAGAGGAGGCUCGGUAUCUUCUGGGUCAGCUGUGAGGCUGGGACUUAUAUUCGGACCCUGUGUGUCCACAUGGGGCUGCUGCUGGGGGUCGGAGGUCAGAUGCAGGAACUGAGGCGGGUUCGCUCCGGCGUCCUGGGAGAGAAGGACAACAUGGUGACGAUGCACGACGUCCUGGACGCUCAGUGGCAGUUCGAUCACAACAAAGACGAAACGUAUCUGCGGCGAGUCAUUUACCCGCUAGAGAAGCUGCUGGUGUCCCACAAACGCCUCGUCAUGAAGGACAGCGCCGUGAACGCUAUCUGCUACGGAGCAAAGAUCAUGCUGCCAGGUGUCCUCAGGUACGAAGAUGGUAUCGAGAUCAACCAGGACAUCGUUGUCAUAACGACCAAGGGCGAGGCCAUCUGUACAGCCGUCGCUCUGAUGACCACGGCGGUCAUCUCUACCUGUGAUCACGGCAUCGUCGCUAAGAUUAAAAGAGUGAUCAUGGAGCGAGACACGUAUCCUCGGAAGUGGGGUCUGGGACCAAAGGCCAGUCAGAAGAAGAUGAUGAUUCAGAAAGGACUCCUAGACAAGCACGGCAAACCCAACGGCAGCACCCCCGCCGACUGGAAGACCCAGUAUGUGGACUACAGCGUCUCGAAGGUGAAGGAGGAACCAACGGACUCAUUAAAGAGGAAGCGGGAAGCCGCAGACAGCGACGCCGAGCCGGUGACGGCGGCCGAGGACGCAAAGAAAGAGAAAAAGAAGAAGAAAAAAGAGAAGAAGGCAAAACUGGAGGAGGAGGAGGAGGCGGCGGCGGAGGAGGCGGAGCCUGGCGACGCAGAGACAGAGGUUUCGGGAGAAAUCGUCAAAAAGAAGAAAAAGAAGAAGAAACAGAAAGAUGGCGACGCGUCAGAGUGACAGGAAGCUCCGCCCACUGUCACACCUGUGACGCAAAGCAUUCUGGGAGUUUAAUAAUGGACUGAAAGAUGUUUUUGUUUUUUAUAAAAAAAUCUUAUUUUGUUUUUUUCAUCUGUAAAUAAAUAAACAGUUUUAUGUA